GUUAAUAGGAAGUAUUAUAAUGAUUCAUAGGGGGUACUCUUUAAAGUCGGCAUCUAAGUGACAAUGCACACACUGGUAUUUCCUAUUUGGGAGCCAUAGGAAUUUGCUGAAACUCUAACAAUUUCAAAGAACGAUGAAGCACAUCAUCUACCUCUUCUUAUUGUCAAUUGGCCUUGUUGUCCACGGCCAUCACCUCCCAGGACAUCACAAUGACCAGGAGACAGAUGAAAAUCCAGCAGAACAUCAACAUCUGCAUUUGGACGAAGAACAAGACAAUAAGACAGCAAAGUGCCAUAAGAUUGCCCCUAGUAAUGCUGACUUUGCAUUUACAUUGUACAGACAAAUUGCUUCUGACGGGGCUGGAAAAAAUGUAUUUUUCUCUCCAGUGAGCAUUUCCACAGCCUUUGCGAUGCUCAGCCUUGGUGCUAAAUCAGAGACUCAGUCUCAGAUUCACAAAGGACUUGCUUUUAACCUGUCGGAGAUGGAAGAGAAGGAGCUACAUGAAGGCUUCCAGCAUCUCAUCCAUAUGCUUAACCGUCCAAAGAACAAAGCAGAAAUCAACAUAGGGAACGCCUUGUUCAUAGAAGAAUCCUUAAAAGUUCUGCCUAAGUUUUUAGAGGAUGCCAAAACCCUGUAUGAAUCCGAAGGCUUCUCUUCCAACUUCCGGAACACUACCAUUGCUAAAAAACAGAUAAAUGAUUAUGUAGUGAACAAAACCCACGGGAAAAUACCCCAAGCAGUUGAUCAACUGGAUCCAAGUACUGUAAUGGUUCUGCUUAACUACAUCUUCUUUAAAGGAUUCUGGGAACACCCUUUCAACACUCAAUCAAUCACAGAAGAAGAUUUUUUUGUAAAUGCAGACACAACAGUGAAAGUCAACAUGAUGUUCCAAAGCAGCCAUUACAAAUAUCUCCAUGAUGAUGACCUGUUUUGCUCAGUGGUGGAAAUCCCAUAUAAAGGAGGUGCUUCAGCAUUCUUCAUUCUUCCAGAUGAAGGGAAAAUGCAGCAAGUGGAGGAUAGUUUGGUAAAAGGACAUCUGUACAAAUGGGCAAAAGCCUUGGAAUACAAACAAUUAGAUUUGUACAUUCCAAAAUUUUCCCUGUCUAAAUCCUAUGAUGUCAAAGCCUUGUUCCAGAGACUGGGUGUGACACAUGUCUUUGAUGGAAAUGCUGAUCUAUCUGGAAUUGUUGAAGAAGGCAAUCUGCAAGUUUCUAAAGCAAUCCAUAAGGCUGUGGUGGAUGUUCACGAGUCUGGAACAGAGGCAGCAGCGGUUACCGUGAUACAGUUUGUACGCAUGUCUUUUUCCAGUCCUCCUCCAACUGUCUUCAAAUGUGACAAACCUUUCCUGUUUCUCAUUUGUGAUAAAAUGACAAACAGUAUUCUAUUCUUUGGGAAAGUUGUGAACCCAACUGAAAAAUGAAUAUAAAGCUAACACUUUGUGCUGGUCAUGGACCGUAAUAAAGUUUGUUUGUUGGUUGGUAUAAAGCAAACAGCCAAUCAUUCCAAGAUAAGCCAUCUCUAUGUAUGUUUCCAUUACACCAUAUUUCUGCUGAAAAUAUCUUAGCUCUCUCAGCUUAAAAAAAACCCUCUUUGUAGAUGGGCAAAACACCAAUUUGGAUCUGGUUAGAUAGUCCCCACUAAAGCAGGCACACUGAAUCAAUUGUUGAAUGCUUGAAUGAUUAGUCAAUCUGUGGGCAAACCUAAUUGGCUCCAUUUCGUCAAGACUAGCAAUAGGAUCUAAGCUACUGAUUGACUGCAAAAGCUCCACAUAAUAGCAUAUUUGCAUACACACAUGUAAACAUACACAUACAUAUAUACAUACAUACAUACAUUAUUCAGCCCUUGGAUCUUGGAGUUUAAUUAUUAUGUCAUCAUAAACACAGGUACAAGGAUUGUGUGGCCCUCCAGAUAUUGUAGAACUGCAACUCCUAGCAUUACUUGAUACAGCUGUAUGAACAAGAGCUGCUAGGAGUUGUAGUCUAACAUCUGUGGAAGACUCUUGCCCACUUCUCUUCCUUUAUGGGGCCUAACCGCUUCUUUGGUAUAUUACUAAGUACUAUACAAAGACUAGCAUCUUGAACAAGAAAUUGUGAAGAAUGAACAGGAGCCAAUGAUCUUGUUUCAGAUGCGUUUGGUGAAAUAUUGUUAGUGCUAAUGGAAAUGCAUACUUUAAUAUUAAAGAUAAAUCUCCCCCUUUGGUUGUAAAGCAGCUCACAAUACUUAACAUGCUGUAUUAAGAUAAACACUUUGGAAAAGUAUAAUCCAACCCGCCCCCUUCUCAGGGAGGUAAAUCUUCACUGACUGUUUCUUUCACACAAGUAUUUGCAAAUAUUCAAAACAUUUUUUCCCACCCAAAGCAAAUGAGAGAUUUUGCAAAGCUUGCAAUGAUUUUUCACACACUAAUACUUUGGAAUUGAUAGAUCUCUCAAUUUCUGCAUUUUUCAGUUUUCAGUUUUCAGUUAAUUUCAUUUAUCCUGAAAUUUAAAAGUUGAAACUAUCUCAAUUUUGCACACAAAAUGAAUAGAAUAGCUUUAUUUGUCAUUAUGCAAUUGCACAAUGAAAUUAUAUGCUUUUCUCGGCACACACCACAAAACAACACAUCCAUUCGUCUACACCCCACCACCACCACACAGCCCCCAAUGCCACAUCAAUGCGAAACCACAGAAUUCAACAUAGUCACAGCUCUAGGAUAAAAACUAUAUUUCGGUCUGUUUGUCCUUGACUUUGUGACCCUGUACCAUCUGCCAUAUGGUAAUAUUUUUUUAAAAAAACCAAUAUGCCGAGUGAGAUGGAUCCCCAAGAAUGUUCUGAGCUUUUUUGAACAAUGAAAUUAAAUGCUUUCCUCAUCACACAUCACAAAACAACACACCCAUCCCUCCACACUCCCAUCCCACCGCACAGCCCCUAAUGCCACAUCAGUGCAAAGCCAUGGAAUUCAAUAUAGUUACAGGUCCAGGAUAAAAGAUGCCUCUUAGUCUGUUUGUCCUUGCCUUUGUCACCCUGGACCGUCUGCCACACACACACACACACACACACACACACACACACACACACACAUAUAUCUUCCAAAGAUGGGAGAGGACAACCAAUUAUUCUCUGCGCAGAAGUGGUGACCUUUUGGAGUGCCUACAAUAUAUACCACAAUAUAUAGUACUACAAUAUAGCUAUCCAGACAUAAGCGUAUAAUACAUUUAUUGUGUUUUAACUUGUAACCCAUAUAUUUUAAUAUGUAUAAGCUUUUAAAAUACACAUAUUAUACUUUUAUGAUUGCUUUUACAUUUGCAUUUUAACUAUGUUUUAAUAUGUGAUUUCAUAGAUAUAAUAUUUAACUAUGUUGUGCCCUGCAUCGAGCCGAAAAGGAGAAGCAUGUAACAAAUAAAAUAUUGUUGUUGUCAAUUUUGUGAUGAUAUGAUAGGUAUUACAUGCUUUAAUGCUCAUACAUACAAUAAAGGUGAUGGGAAGUGUUUGAAA